AUGGCUUCCAUGGCGGACGCGCAUCAGCCCUUUGCGCCACAGAAACUCUCACGCUAUCGAUCAGUGAGAAAAGCGGCAAACACGCUCUCCCAGCAGUCUCAGGAAGCUCCUCCUCUUCCUACCACUACAAACAGCACUCAGAAUGCAUCAAUUAGCAGAAGCAUGUCUCGAUACCGAAAAACAGGGGCAUCUAGAGCCAACCAUGCCGUGCCACCUCCCCCUCUCCCAAUGCCUACCCAGGGCGAUUACCAGCAUAAUGACCACAUAGACAGACAGCGCAGCAGCUACGAUGAGCGUCAAUACAACGGGUACCCGGAGUCGUUUGAACCAGAGCCCACAGCCGUCCACGCCGAGCCUCCGUCCUCAUCGCGCAGAGCGUCAACGCAGAAUGCUCGUCCUAUCAUCACGCCCCUUACCGACGAACGCUAUCAUUCAAGCGCGAGACACUCAGUUGAUUACGGAAGACGCGCAGAAGCCUCUCCGCGAAGCUCAACCAAUCGCCACUCGUACAUAAACACAGGGCAAUACGACAGGCAGUUUUUCGACGGCAGAGACGAGCGAGACCAUCUCUGCUAUGAUAACGGGAACCAAGGCGGCGUUCCUCAUACUUCUGCUCGCCAAUAUUUUGUGGAUGAGCCAGGGGUUCCUGCAGCAGGCAUGGGACCAAAUACUUUUGAUGAGCGACUCGCAAAUGAAGAAGCAAUGGGCAAACAUACUACAAAAAAGAGCAGAGGCGGGCGAUUGUUCAAGGAUAAAGGUGGUGGUGGUGGUUUUUUGGGACGGCUGAAGGGGUCCUCUGAUCCAGACGGACGUCCACAGAAGAAAGAUAGCAAGAGAAUUCUCAAGGACAAAAUAUCACCUCCUGUACCCGUUGAAAUGAACGAGCCUUCAAGGAGGUCUGGACCUGGUGUUGACGCACCUGUGUCAGCAGUGAAUGCAGGUGAAAGAAAGGUCACAGUGAAGUGUAAUGAGUCUUUCAUAACCCUGCCUAUCACACCAACAACACAAGCUCAGGACCUGAUUUAUUCUGCGGCCAACUGCUUGUCAGAGAACAUUGUCCCUGAGUCAGCUAUUAUUGUGGAGUCAUUUCAGCAACUUAACCUGGAGCGCCCACUUAGGAAAUAUGAGCAUGUCCGCGACGUUAUGAACUCAUGGAACACCGACGCGCAAAACUGCUUAAAGAUCAUCACUGAUCCGGAUCCUAACAUCAUAGACGCCCUUCUUGCCAAGUCUGCUCCUCGAAAACAGCCACCGGACAUCUCAUUCAACCUAUACCACUGCCAACGGACUGGGAAAUGGGAUCGUCGGUGGAUCACACUAAGAACAGAUGGUCAGGUCACCGUCUCGAAGAAGCAGGGUAGCACCGACUCGACUAAUAUAUGUCAUAUUUCCGACUUUGAUAUUUAUACUCCUACCAGGAAGGAGUAUAAACGGCUGAAGCCACCUAAGCCAUUAUGUUUUGCAGUCAAGAGUCAGCAGAAAUCAGCCAUGUUCCUUUCCACUGAAAACUUUGUUCAUUAUUUCUGUACAAAGCAUGAGGAUGUUGGUGGAAGCUGGCAUAAUGCGGUGCAGGAAUGGCGCAGUUGGUACCUUGUUAAUGUCCUGGGAGAGGGAACCAAGAAGAAGAAGACGGAUAAUUCUCAGUUCUCUCCCGGCAAUGGGAUGACUCUCGGGGCUGAUCUAACUGAACCCCAUCCACAUCGACUGUCUGGCACUCCUUAUCAGCUGGGAACGUUCCAGGAGCUUUCCAUUGAUCCCAAUAUGGCGGCUUUUGACAAUGAAACAUACCAGGAGGCUCCCGUCUAUGAUGUACCAACAGGCAGGAAAACAAGGCCAACCUCCUUUAAUGCUCAAGCCCAUGGCCAACCUACUUCAUCAUCUCCCCCAAGGCGGACCACCACAACAAAGGAAUCCACAGGCAGCAAGCAGAAACAACGCACUAGGAGCAAAUCGAUCUCCAAGAAGAAAGGCAACGAUGAAGGAGUUAAUACAGAACAACCCUUUGCACCAUCAGGCUUGCUCGGCCGAGCAUAUACCCAGAGACAAAAGGCAAUGCUUGAUCGCGAGAAAGAGCAGGCAGUGGAUAACGGGCCCUUUAUCUCCACUGGCUUGUUGAGUAACAUCCGACCAGGCGCACCUUCAUCACCGCUCUCCCAACACUUUCCCGACCAUCCCGGCUUUCAGCCAACACACCAGCAACAACAGCAACAGAAUUACUACCCCAACAGCCGUGAGAAUACGAUGACUGGCGACCCUCGACCCGUUUUAUCUUCCCAGCCCCGUUCGAAAUCUACCCGCCACCCUCCGAAACCACUCAUUGACCUUACCCCGACUUACAAAGAACCCCCACAGCACGCUAGAAAAGGGCGAGGCGUCACUCCGAUGCAGGGCGUACCUCUUGUCGAGAGCGCUACAGGACCAGACCUGCACCCAAAUGCCAUCGUUGUACCCCCCUCGACCACCUGGCGCAAACCAAGCCAUCGGAGCGGAACUGCCACCUCAGACCCAUAUGCAAGGGAUAACCAGUACAAUAAUACAUCCUCGUCAUCGCGACAUCGCUCAAAUACCGGCCACGGAGCUCCAAAGUCCUAUCAGCAGCAACAGCAAGGCCCACUAGUUGACUUGAACGGCGGAGGCUAUCCCGGACAUGUUCCUGGCGCUUUUCCCUUCUUGCCAGGAGGUCUUGUCGCGCAAUCCCAGAAAGCCGGAAACUCCCAAGGAGCUUCUACUAGAGGUCGAGGCAUUGCGACAGGUCGUCGAGACAAGAUUUCCCGCCCAUUACUUGACAUCAGCCACAUCACCGAGAACAUCGAGGCCCCCGUGUUGGGUUCUGAAUCCAGCGGAAGUGUAAGGGGUUAG